UCUUUAUGAUCAGGUCUUUCUGAACCACAGUACCACCCCUCACACCUUCCUUUGCUCUGACUCCACAGAACUCUCCUCCCUUCAUGGUCUGCUAGCUGCAGUUUACGUCUACAUCCUAGCAUCCACCCCUCUUACCUCCUCUAACACCCCCUCCCACACACAGACACACACACACAGCCUACAGACACACACACACACAAUGUCCUGAGCCCUCUGCGUCUCUGGUCCAGGUCUAAAGGAAUGUUGAGUGUCUCUAUAGCCUCCUCUCUGGAGAUUAGGCUUCACCAUGCAUGCCCCCCUCCUCAUUUCAUUCCAUUCCAAAGUAUGCCCCCUAAGAGCUGCUGCAUUUUUAUCUGAGCCCGGUGAUUGUGACAGAUUGGCCAAAUGACACACAUACACAGACACACAUUUGUGGACACACGCUGAGGCACAAACAGAGGGGAGGCUGGUCCUCCUGGGGAGGGACCAGACAGCGCCAGACUCCAGCUAUAAAACUCUGCCUGGAUGAGGCCAGUGUCCUGCCCCGAGCUGGACAGUACCUCCUUACUCUGUGCCAGGACGAGUCAGGACAGGCAGCAGACGAGCCACCAACAUGAACGACAUCUACAAGGCAGCGGUUGAGCAGCUGACAGACGAACAGAAAAAUGAGUUCAAGGCCGCCUUUGAUAUCUUCGUACAAGAUGCGGAGGACGGCUGCAUCAGCACCAAGGAGCUGGGGAAGGUGAUGAGGAUGCUGGGCCAGAACCCCACACCAGAGGAGCUGCAGGAGAUGAUUGACGAGGUGGAUGAAGACGGGAGCGGCACGGUGGACUUUGACGAGUUCCUGGUCAUGAUGGUGCGGUGCAUGAAAGACGACAGCAAAGGGAAGUCCGAGGAAGAACUGGCAGAGCUGUUCCGCAUGUUUGACAAGAAUGCAGAUGGUUAUAUUGACCUGGAUGAGCUGAAAAGGAUGCUGGACAAUACAGGAGAGGUAAUUACCGAAGAUGACAUUGAGGAGCUGAUGAAAGAUGGGGACAAGAACAACGACGGCAAAAUUGACUAUGAUGAGUUCUUGGAGUUCAUGAAAGGAGUGGAGUAAUCGUAAACAAGAGAAGAUCCAGAGUGUUAUUUUUGUAUUUCUCUGUGACUCCAUGGUCAUCUGUGGAAAACUGGAAGCCGACUUGGAUGCCGUUGAUAGAAACAAUGGAACGACUUUGCAAGAUUCGAUCGAAUACCGUAGCGGAACCUUUCUGUAUUUUUCUACCAUCUCUUGCAUUGUUGUAAAUACAGUUUGUAACUAUUGGUACUUUGUAACUUUUGGUGCCCAUGUCUUCUGAAUUUGUGUAAAUGUAUCCAAAUUACUUAUAUUUUCUAUAGAGCCCAUAAAAUAUACCAGUUUGGCUGCUUGAUAUCAACUUUGUAUUUGUUUCUGACUAAAUCUGAAGAGCCACAGACAGUUUACAAAUCUUACUGGGAGGCUGACAUUGUUUAGCUGGGCAGAAAAUGUAUGUGUGCACAAAGCAGAACAUAUCCAUGAGUCAACACACCAGGCUCUGGUUGACUAAUCAUACUUUUAUGUACUGGAUCCAGUCUGCAUACUGUACGUGUUCUCAUGUGCACAUUGGAUACAUAUCUGUAUGUUUAAGAUACCCUCAGGACUUUUGAUUCCCCUCUCAUGCCCCUUAAACGCCUUCAUAUUUCUACAUGAAAAGUCUGCUUGGAAUGUAAUAAACAAGAUGCAUUUGUCAGAGCAUCUGUCAGUUCA